UAGCUUGUAUGGAGUGCGGCCUCUGUUUUUUUAAUUAUGCAUUUCGUAGUCUCUGUAAUUUGAAGUAUAUUUUUUUAUUAUAUACUGUUUUUCGGUAUCCAUCAUCAAAGUUAUUGAAAAUACGAUUUUGUUUAAUUAUUAUAUUGUUCAUAGCUAUAUUAUUCCAUUCGUAGUCAACGGACCAUCUAUUUAAUUUAGAUCACAAUAAUUUUUAACUAUAUUAAAAACUAUGGGUGGACCGAUGGAAAGAAUUCAAGUUCUUGAUGAAAUUGAAAAAGACAUAAUAACUUGUUUACAAUGUGCAGCUCAAGCACUGCUAGAACUAAGUAAGGAAAAAUCAGGCCAAAAACAAGCUGAAACUAAUACAUCACAAUUUUUACGAACUCUCAAUCAAGUUGAAUCUAAGUUGAGUGAUCAAAUUAAUUAUUUAACACAAGUUUCAACUGGUCAACCUCAUGAAGGAUCAGGAUAUGCUUCACAGAAAGUGUUACAGAUGGCUUGGCAUAGACUGGAACAUGUAAGGUCCUGGGUAAAUGAACUAGAUCGUCUUAAAGCAUCUCAUUUAGCUGCAGCAAAUAGAUCAACACAGGGCAAUGUGCAUAAUGGUAACAUGACAUCAUCUGGAACCAGUACAUGAUAUUUUUAAAAGAUAUUUGAUUCAAAUUAAUUAAGAAUGUCGUAUAAUCUCUGUCUAAAUAUUAAUUGUCAAAACUUACCUGGCCUACUGAUUAUAAAUACUGCAUUGGACUGUUUUAGUUUAAUAUCAAAUUUUAAUUUGUUCUGAUUUAUUACACACAUAUCUAUGUAAAGGUUAGUAUAGAAGCUUAUAGACAAAAUUCAAAUAUCAAAUCAGUAUUUUUUUCAUAGACUAGUAUAAUGUAUGUGUCGUAGAUAUUAUGUAAUUGAGCAUAUAGUCUAUUUUAAUAGACUUAAUGAAAAUGUAAACAAAUAAUUAAUUGAUCCGACUAUAAGACAUUUUAUUUAUGUUCAAUAAUGUUACAAAUAAAAGAUUAAUUAAUUAAAUGUUUUGAUUUUUUUAAUUCUAUUUUCUGGAUUCCAUUCAGAAUGUGAUAAUUACAACAAAUUAGUUUACCUUUUCAUUAAGUUCUAUUGAUAUACAGCAAGGCAGUCCAAAGCAGUUACAAUCUCUGACCAAUACAAAUCACAAAAUAGAUUUGAAGGCUGUUCUAAGAGGAGUAAGAAAAACAAUACUUUUCCUAACUUUUUAAAGAAAAAAUAUAAAUAAUUUUAAUUCUCCAAAAUAAUUUUAUAAAAGGACAAUUUACAUAUUUCUGAGAGAUCAAGAACAUGCAAGUUUGUAGAGUCAAACAGCUCUGAGAUAGACUAUAAUUUCAGCAUAUAAACAAUCCAUAAAAUUAUCAGAAAUGAGAUAAUGAUACCAAAUUAUGAAGAAAUUUUAUACACCAUUUUUUAUUUUUAUUCAUGACUCUUGCUCUUUCUCCUCAAAUCCACAUAUUUUUUAGAAUAAAUCUAGGUUUUUCUAUAUUUGUUAUAUUUUUACUGUCUAGGUGAAUCCCUGGCUAUUUUGUCGCAAGGAAAUUUGAUACAUAAUAAGUAAUAAAUUAUAACAUUGUAUAACACACAAAGCAACUUUUUUUAUGGAGGCUAUGCAUUAUAUUUAUAUAAAACUAUAUAUUAUUUAUCUAUUGUGUUACUUUUUGAUAACUACAUAUAUGUAAUAUAUAUUAAACUUUUAUUUAAGUAUAAUUUGCCAAUGUGAAUCUGUUAUAUGUCACUCCAAUAGAAUUUAUUUUAAUAAUAUGUAAUAAAUAAACAUUUUCUAAAUUAG